AUGUCAAUAACAACCGAACACAAUGAAAGGUGAUGACGUCAUGCCCUUCCCAGAGUUCACAUGACAGCAUAGAAAUCUAUAUUGAGGAAAGAACACUGAGGCCUCGAGUUAUGAUGCGUCCUUACAACCGUGUUUCGUGUGCUUUCGUGCUUUUAUUGGUUUGUUUGAUACAGCUUUCCCUUGUACAACUAUGUCUGGGAACUAAAGAAGUAGAAGGUGGGUCAAAUUGUAGAUGAAGUGAUCGUCUGUUUGAAUGUAGAUUGUUCAGAGCCAUAUAUAGGAAUUCAAUAUCUCACACGUCCGAUCACGGACCUCCGAUGUAUCUGAAACACGUAAAGCGAUGUUCUUUGACACGUUAUGAAUCAAAGUUACGUGCUGUAGCUCUGAAUCAGACAGAAACGACUUUAACAGGGGAAUCGUUAUGUACAGAAUGUGUGUACACAACGAUAAAUUUAAGCCUUGAGGGGCGAGUCGAUUUUCACGUAAUCUACAAAACUGAAAUAAGUACGUACUCUGGCCUUCAAUUCUUCUCUCAUUUGAUUUUUAUCCCUGUGGGUAUUUCUGAUAGCUUGAUAAUAGACAGAUAUUAAAAUUCAAGUGUUAAAAAGACGCGAAUAAGUUGUAUACCAGCAUUAUAGGUCUCCAAGACCUGCGAAAAUGUUACAGUUCUUUUUAGUAUUAUGCUGUUUUUUUCGUUGUAUUUGUUUACUUUACACGAGAUGUCGAUAUCAGGAUGACACAUUAGAUAAGCAAGUCUUACUGUUGCUCGAGGAGAAGUAUGCUCGUCGCAAACUGGUGACAGAUAAUGUCUUUUGCCCUUACAGAGGUUUUAACGUGAAACCAGAUUUUAUAGAACGAGAUACAAAUUAAGGAUAUGAAUUUGACUAUCUUUUCAAUUUCUGUCUGUGUUUGGACUUUUGUCAGAAACAUCAACUAUCUUGAGUUCAAGUUUGUCUCUAGAUUAGGUAUUUCAAGUGGAAAAAUCUCGAUCAUGGUUGAAUUUUUUAGGGGACCCCAGAUAUAAAUUGAAGUUAUUGCACUGUCAUGUUUACACUGAGCAUUACUUGAGAAUAUUUCCUAAGAUGGCUUGUACAGUUUAAAGGACAAAAAAGGCAUGUAUCUGAUGUAUAGAGAAUUAUCAUUGUGCCUGUAACAAAUUGAAUUGUUUGAAUCUGGGAUUAUUUAUGAAACAUGCAGUCCUUUAUGUAGGGUUUGUAAGUACUCAUUACAUCUGUUGAUGUAUGUGGGAACAACCUGAGCUGAUGUGAUCCUCAGAAUCAAGAAAGAUUUGGUCACCGGUCAAAUGUUACUAUCUUAGAUCAUGGAAGCUUAUUUUUGUGAUGUUAUUGUCUGAAAUACUGAAAUAGGGUUUAUCAGUUUUCAAGGAAGUCCUGCUUGAACAUGACAUUCUUUCCAAUCAAUUAGCCAAUCAAAGUUUGCCAGAUAAGAUUCGUUAAUACGGUAGCUGAAAAAUGUUCUGAAAAGGAAAAGGAAAUUUUUCUGUUUUAUGUUGAAUUUGAUUGGUUAUCCUUAAAAAAUACCUUUGUUUUGAGUGGUUCAAGCGAGACUACAAUGAGGAAGUUGCAUGCCUAGACAGGCAGAUCUUUGGUUAGUUUGGAUGAUAACUUCCCUGAUUUGAUAGAGAUCAUUUAGAGUCUUCAAUUUGUUGAAGAGGAAGUUUUUUGACCCCACGGCCAUUGAUCAUGAUGUCACAGACACUACUUUCCAUGGAGGGGAGGGGAUAUCGGGGGGGGGAGGGGAGGGCAUACUCUCCUGGAAAAUUGUGAACAAACUGAAGUACAUGAGAUAAGUAUUCCUUUAUUCUGAGCAAGAAUUUCCAAUGUAGAGAAGUGUUCAAAGCAAGUGCAAGGGAACAAGGAGCAAAUUAUGUUUAAAAGGUUGAGUUGUUUUAUAGAUAUUAUAAAGCAGCAGUUUGCUAUCUAAAAAUCAGUAGUUUAAAUCAGAAACCCUAAAAAUGAGAGAAAUUACAGUUUCAGGGUGAGAGCCCUGAUUGAACUCAUUUUUGUGUGUUUUAUGCUCAAUACAUAAGAUUUGAGAGUUCUGGAUUGUAUAUUCUAAAAGUAAUCACAAUCUUUAAAAUAAUUUUUGUACUUUGUUCUUACUCAUUUACAGACAAGUGCCUUAAAUACAGUAACAAAUCCUGCCAAGAUUGCAUUGAACAGGAUGGGGUGAGUGCUGUCUUCAUAUGUUCUGUUACAUAAGCAUAUUGACUCAUGACUCAGCACUAGGUUAGGUAACCAUGAUAUUGGUCAAGUAUUUUUCAUUGCUAUUCUAACUUAUGAAUCACAGCGAAAUCAAAAGCCAUGAAAACAAGAACUGGUGUCAAAAAUAAUGGGAUCAAUAUUUACCUUUGAUGAAUAAUCAACCUUGUAAAGAAUGUAAUAUUUAGCCAAAAUAAUUUUACCCUUGUGCUAAUCAAGGAGGUUAUCCUUAGAAGGCAAGAAAGACACUGUGGAGUUGAUUGCAAAUAGGACCCAAACUUAGUAUUGAUAAUGUAUUGUUCACUUGUGUAGGAUUUAGCAGUGUGACUUUCCACAAAGUAAUAUUAUGUAACUAACAGUAAAAAUAUACUCAGUUGUCCAUGUAAUUUUAAAUUUUUUUUCACAUUCUUUUUAAAGCAUUGUUCUUUACUUAAACUCACUAGAUACACGUUUCCUGGUCAGUAAGCUAGUUAGAAAACAGGAACUGCCUCAUUUUGCCUGUAUUUAGAGGCACCGUUAAGUAUUUAUCACAGUGGAGCUCUGCGAUAGCUCCCAUGAUUGACCAAGACAGAAUUUCUCCUUAUAAUACCAAUUCAAUAUCAAGCAGAGAAGUAAUGAGAAUAUAGAAAAAUAUUAAGUUUUGCAGAUUGAUUGUUCAUCUAAUACCAAAUUCUCCAAACUUAUACUAAAGGAAUUGUAUGGCUGAUAGUAAGGAGAAUUACUAAUGAGAUCUUGUGUGAAAAAAUAGGGUUGUAUAUAAAGGAAAUGUACUGGAAAAGACUUUUUUAACAGUUACUAACUGUUAGGGAGAAGAUUUGAUAGUUAAUCUUUAAAAGUUAAAGACAAGGCAGUGGUUGACAGAAGUAUAUGGACAAUUGCAGUAAAAUUAUUUCUGCUCUUAUAAGACCAGGUAUACUUCUGAUCAUACAGCUUGUGCUUGAAGAGAGCAAAAUGGCUGCCCAGUUAUGAUAAUCACAGCAAAUUAGUCCAAAACUUGUUUGAAAAACAUUCAUCUCCUUAUCUUACUUUAAAUUCUUCUUGGACUUUAGUGUGUAUUUUGUGAGGGGAGUAGCAAGUGUGUGAAAUCUGAUCCUGUAAAAAGCAUAAUAAAUAAAGCUUGUGGAAGCCAGGAUUGGAAAUACAAGCAAUGUGUGGGUGAGUAAAUUUGUUUGUUCAAGGUGUGCCUGUCUUUGUAAAGGAAAUUACUUCUUCCCUUUUAGAUGUACAGUGCACAGUUUUGUUUCUUAAUAUUUAAGUCAAAGUUUGAUAGCCUUACUGUAAGUACAAUUUCUAAGUUGUAUAGUGAAUGUACAGUAGAUUGAUUAAGGAUUUUACUGGUUGGUGAGAGAAUGGCCAGUUCUGUGCUAGAUAAAUCAACCAUCAUAUAUGUAAUUCGUUAGUAAUUUGGUAGAAAGAUGCUAGUAAGUUCAAUAAGCUUUUUAGCUUGUAGAGGAAUUUAUUUCAGGGUGUUUCCCUUAUUAUUCUAAGGAUUAUUUUACUUUUAACAAGAAGUUUCACUCGUGUGUUGUUUACUAAACAACAUGAUCUGCAUCAUUUACUUGCUGUCAAAAUGGAAUUUUGGAAGGAAUAUUUUUAUUAUGUACAGUGGAUGUAUUUUUUCCAAUAAUUUUUCUACUGGAUGAUGUAUUGUGUAAACAUUGAUUUGAUGUAAUUUUGUGCUCAGGGUUCUUAUUGAUAGCAAAUUGCUUUCACCCAUAUGGAAAUGACCACUCUGAGCCUUAACCCUUUGAUCCCUAAGAGUGAUUAACAUCUAAUUUCUCCCUACUAUAUCACCCCUGAAUCACACAUUAAAGUCAGGAGAAUGAAGUAAAUGAUCUCCGACGGAUGAAGCUCUUUGUUGAUUGUUGAAAAAAUUCUCCUUAUCAGCACCUUAGGAAAUGUAUAAAGAACAGUAUAGAGAAUAUGCAUACAGAUGUUAGGGAGAAAAGGGUUACUGGUAACCCUUUUAAGCCCCAACAUCUGUAUCUAUAUUCUCCAUACUUAUCUCUGUACAUUUCUCUUGGUAUUGACAAGGAGAAUUUGUUUUGAAAUCAAAGCUCCUAAAGUGGGCAAUCAUUUUCUUCAUUCUCUUGAUUUUAAUGAAUAAUUCAGCAGCAUUACUGCAAGGAAAAAGGAGAUUAUGGUCACUCUCAGGCUUGAAAGAUUGAAAUCAAAUAAAGUUAUCUAUUCCGUUCUGAAAGUACUUACUGGGGAUUUAACUUGCAUUUUCUGUUUAUUUUUUUUUAAGUAUCUGGCAAAGUCCUGAUCAUUGCCCUUCCAGUGGCAGGGUUUGUGGUACUGGUCGCAUUAGGAUGUUGUAUCUACUGUUGCUGUUGCCGUAAGAAGAAGCUAAGAGGGUAUGACAGUAAAUCACAUGAUACAUAUAGUAAUGAUGAUAAAGAUUUUGGUUUCUGUCCCAACGUAUGGGCCACUGUGUGUAACUUUACUUCUACAUCUUGGCAUGGCCUCAGUUGCAUUGCAAACGCAUGUAGAAGACUUACUGUUUUGCAAUGUUUCUCCUUAGACCUGGCAAAGAAGAUGCAAAGUGGCGUCGUCAGAGGGAGGAAAUAGAGAUUAAACACAAAGAAAGGUUUGCAUGGUUAUAACUUUAGGGUUUAAUUUAUGUUAUUGUAACUGACAGGAGCUGUAGACACUGAGUGUCUAAAAAUCAAAACAUCUGCAUUUGAGUCCUGGUUAUGUCAACUAAGUUUCCUCCAGUAGUUGUACUUAAUUUUGGUUUUUCUUCUCCGUUUGAAGGCGUGAAGAGAGAAAGAAGAAGCAUGAUGAAAUCAGGAAGAAAUAUGGUAAGUGAGGAAUUCUAAUUGAAAUUUUACAAUCUUAGUAUACAGUACUUUUGUGUAUGCAAUACUGAAAGCAUUUCAGUUGCAAGAUGGAUGGUAAAUUUCUUUAUUAUUGGUCAGAUCAAGAGGAUGGUAAAGUUUAAGAUUUCCAUUAGACAGGCUUGGGUGCUUUGUGUCAAAUUGACACAAUUACUGGUAAGAAAAUUUUCCAAAAACCACUCUCAAUAAAGACCCUUAUGUUGUUCAUUGUUCUUGUUUGGAGAGCAAAGUGUGCUUGCUCUGAAAAAAACCUUGGUCCAAAGUGGUGAGCAAGAAUUUGAUUGUAAAAUGAAGGAAAAUUAUCCUAACAAGAUGAAAGAGUAAGAAACUUAGAAGUAGAAACUUUGAAGUCAACAUGAAAUUACACAAACAGUGCUCUGAAUUUUUCUUUUUUUUGCAGCUGUUCAUUUGGCUAUGAGAUGUUUAAAAAGCUUGUCAUGCCAUCGAUUUUUACAAAUUUGGAAUUUUUAUUUUUUAUGAAUGAUAAAGGGAAGGGGGUUGGGUGGGGUUGCUUUGAAAAAGAGAGGCAUGGUCUGCUCACUGUAGGGAAAGGUUCUAUGAAUUUCUCUAAAAUAACAAACAGUUAUAGUUUGGUAGUUUGUAACUACCAGGAAGAGUUAGUUUUCAAACCUAGUUCGCAAUUCUGUCUGCAGGUUAGUGAAUCUGACACGAUUUGGUACAUUUAGGACUGAGUAUAAGUUGUUUAAUUUUCAGGUCUCUACAGAAAAGAUGCAGACUCAGAAGAUGUGGAAGAUGGCCGCUAUCACCGAUUUGACAAUGCAGCUGUGGCAUAAAUAUAAUCCUUGCCUUCUCCUUUUGCUCUUGUAAAAUAGUAGAGUAGUGGUAUAAUGUGGGGUUUUUUUUUAUUUGGGUGCAAUUAUUAAUUUUGAAGUUAAUUAUAAUGCAAGAAUUUGUAUGCAUUGUUGCAAAGCAAAAUAUGAAUUCAGAAUUACUGCUUGUAACAUUUAAAUUUAAGUUGAUAGUCCCUCAAAACUUGAUCCUCAGUCUUUAAUUCUGGAUAGGGGAUUCCCUAAAGUUGCUAGGCAUGAGGCUUGAAUAUUAUUUCAAGAUGUUUGAGUCAAGCGUAGAGGUUUUUUUUAGAGUUUUAAGGCAAGAAAACAAAAUUAGUUCAGCAUGAUUAAUUUUUCAGACAACCUGAAGCUUCCUACCUUUUUUCCAGGUUCGCAGUAUAGGUCAUGCAUGAGUCAAGACUGUCAACUUACAUUUGAGGGGAAUGUAGUUAGUAAUAAUUUUCUAGGUUCUUAAGAAUUUAUAUCAGUUAGAUGAUGAACUUUCUCUGUUUAGUUUACAGUGUAAAAGAAAAAAGACAUCCUUUUCAUUUUACACAAGCUUUGUUACUUAUAAUUAUUACUAUGUGGUGUUUUAAAUUGAUUAAAUUGAUUAUAAUUAAGAUGUAAUCUUUCCCAGGCGAGAGGAGCAUUUUAAGCUCAACUUUACACAUCUACUUAUCACCCUAUUGCUAAUAAAAGUGGUCAACAACCACCUUCUCUCUUGUUUAUUUCAAACAUUUUUGAGUUUAAAGUUAAUGGCACAGCACAUAAAAAAGAAUGUAGUUUG